GCAUCACUGGAUAUUGUAUUACCAUUGGUGAGAAAUAGAAAAGCAACCAUGCACUUCCAAAAGCGUUCUGUUCUGGCUUUAGAAACUUGUUAAAAAGGCUCAGAAAUCCGCCAUUGUUAUCAGACGACAAUCAGCCAUUGGCUGCGUAAUCAGAGAAGCAGCUAGAUGCUGGCUCGAUCGCCUUGCCCAACAGCGCUGCCGUCUGAUUAAAACCUCUCUUUAGGUGGAUCAUCACAGCCUCGAUUUAGAGAAGAAGUGAGCAAGCGGAAGAAGAAGAAUCCAUUUCCAGUUCUCCAGAGAGAGACAGAAAGGCAUAGAAAGAGAAGCGAAGGCAAGGCUAGCUAGCAUAGUAGAGUAACAAACAAACAACGUGACGGGAGAAGGCGGCAAGCAAUCGGAGAAACCAUCGGCUCCGCAGCCAUUCGGAGAAGGGAUCCCCUUCUCAGAGAGCAAAGCCUCAUUCACGUCCCAAAUGAGAGUGGCAGAGUUCCCCAUCGCCGGCGAUUUGGCCUUCUCCGUGAGUAUUUUAUACUUAGUUUACAUCCCCUUCAUUUUGCUCAGUUACGAGAUUGCCCUUUAUUUAUCCCCUCUUCUCUUGGUCUGAUUAUUUUUUUUUUCCUAAUCCAUUUUCCCGCAGUAGUUCGUUAGUUAAUAUUUUUAUCUUUUUUACGCUUAAUAUUAUGGCGAAAUUACCUUUCCGCCCUCACAAUUUCGCCAUAAUUUCCCUUCUCCCGCUUUCUUUCUUUCCCUUCCUUUUUCCCACUCUCCCACCACCGCCGCAGCAGCAGCUCCGGUUGUUUUCUUUCCCCCACCUUUCAUGGGCUCCUCUCCCUUCUUUCAAGUCUCUCCAAACCCCAAGAAAAACCUAUUCCCUUUCCGCUUCUUUCUCCACCUGUCUCGCAUAUUCUCUCGCUUCUAUUCACAGAAUUCCUCGCCGCACGCCACACUCCUGUUGUCUUCUGGAUUGCAUGACAACAACAGGGCUAGACAAAACAAGAAGCCUUCUCAACAGAAGAAAAAGCUUGAAGCUUUCUUUUUCUACCCAUUCAACUCGCAUUAGCUUUCUUUUUCUUCCAGCUGAGCAGGGCUCUCUUUACAUCCCUCAAUUUUGCCAAAAAGGCCACCUGGUUGGUCUAUAGGAGAAGUGGGGCAGUUUUGAAUGUGGAUUCCAUUGCUAAGGUGAGGUCUUCUCUCCUUUCUUCUUCGCAUUUUGCAAAUGAUAUAGAAGGGUUUUAGUAAAACAGGUUUUGUUGAAUUGGGAUUGAAUUUUGUAUGUCUCAGGUUUGGCGGCUGUUGGGGAAUCUCUAUUCUUAGUUGAGAGAUGGCUGUUAGUCGUAAUGUUAGUUUUGUGGAAUGGGAAGAACACAUUAUUUGCCAUGAGCGUGGGAACCGAGUGGUUCACUAUUACUUGAAGAAUGCUUUGGGGCAGUCUCUGUUAGCUGUGAUAGGGUCUGAGCGGAGCGUAAGGCAUAUGAUAUACGUUGUUUGCGAUGGGUUCUUGGUUGCUUAUGGGUCUGAUUUUGGCGUCAGUGCCUCCACGAAAUGGAGAGUGAGACGAGAAGUUGUGGACUGGCUUGCCGCCAUGGUAUCCAGGGAUCGAGGGGUUGCAGGUGUUGAUAUAAACGACUCCACCGACAGCUUGGGAUCUCUUGAGGCUGUUACCGGAUUGGCUCCGUUCAAUACUUAUUUGCCAGAGCAUGUGGCUCAGAGAAGACCAAAAGUCGAAAAAGCAAGCAUCGAUUGGUCUGGUGUUGCUUUGAUCUGUGCUAAACAGCUGAAGCAUUACCCACUUUUGACAAGGAACGGCACUGCUAUACCGGUGCAUUCGUUUGUGUUCAUCUUGGCUGAAGAGGAACAGCACUACCUUGGCUACUUGGAAGAUAUGUACGAGGAUAGGAAAGGCAAGAAAAAGGUGAAGGUUCGCUGGUUCUACCGCAGUCAGGAAGUCAACACUCUGAUUCCUCAGCUAAACCCUCAUCCCAGAGAAGUCGUCAUAACGUCUAAUGUCCAGGUCAUCAGCGCAGAGUGUAUCGACAGCUCAGCGACUGUCUUGACACCUUGGCACUACGAAAAAUAUGCGGCGGUUGCUGACCUCGGUUCGCCAUCAUCUUCGCCAGCUGUCCACAUGUGCUUUCGCCAGCUCAAGAACAACAAGCUCAAGCCAUUCGCUCUUGCAAAACUGAAUGGAUACUCCAACCAAUCCAUCGUCGCCUCUCUCGGUGAGUGCGAUGAUCAAUUGGCUUAUGAAGAUGUUAUUUGUGCACGAGCGAAUGGCAAGAGAAAGAGUACAUCAUCCAAUGUUGCCCCGGGGAUCCAUCAGCCGGUAGAGACUAAGCCUGCGCUUACUAAGCUUAAGUUCCGCUUAUCGAGGAGAACUACGAACAGCGGGGAUUCGGUCGCGCCUCAGUUGCCCUCUCCUGUGACAUUCAAGGCGGAUGAUGAGAUAGAGUUGCUGUGUGAAGACAGCGGCAUUAGGGGGUGUUGGUUUAGGUGCAAGGUCCUGGAAGCUUCCAAGAGGCGUCUGAAAGUUCAGUACAUCGAUGUGCUGGAUGAGGAAACCAGUAGCAAUCUAGAGGAAUGGGUCCCUGCUACUAAAGUGGCUGCUCCGGAUAAGUUGGGUAUAAGACAUGUUGGCCGCCAAAGAGUUCGCCCGCCUCCUCCUGGUGAUCUCAGGAACUGUACUUUUGAGGUUGGAGCGCCAAUUGAUGCAUGGUGGUGUGACGGCUGGUGGGAAGGUGUUGUUUCUGCAGCUGGAAAUGACCGUCUGCAAGUUUACUUACCUGGUGAAGGCAGGUCGCUGUGUGUUGGUCAGAAGCAUGUCAGAAUCUCCAGGGACUGGGUGGAGAACAGAUGGGUUGACGUGAAGCCAAAGACAGAUAUAGUUGAUUAUCUAUCUUUGAAUAUGGGCUGCAAUGGUAGACUCAAGACUUCUGACUCUGGUGGAGAUGCUCGAUAUUUGGAGCAGAAGGUUGUUCCAGUAUCCAGUGAACAAGAGAGAGAAAGAUUCCCAAGUUCUUCACCCCUGUCGGAUGAGAUGCAGAAUCUGCAGGUGAUUAGUGUGAGUAAGGAUGCAGUGGAUCACAAAGACAACUUCGUUAGCAAAGCUGCUUAAGUCCCUUGACAGUGUAGAAAUUUUGAUCAUAGGUGAACGUUUGGGGUGCCCCUGUUGGUGUAUAUAACAGUAGAGCAUGUUGCACUGUAGUAAGGCAUUCUGAGAUCAACAUAUAACGUUUAGCGUUAACCCGUCACUAAGUAAUUGAAAGUUUAAGACUUUAGCAGUUGGAGCUGUUUCCCAAUUAUCCUCAAACUAGCCUUAUGUUUUGUGAUAUACCAAAAUAACAUUUUGGUUCUAUACAGGUUUAACUUGUGCAAAAGCUCAGGUUCUGACUGUAAAAGCUGUGAUAGGAUUUCAGUACUUUCUCCAUGGUGAAAGAAAUAGAAGUUCAGUGCUUUUUGCCUUUCUUUCUCAUUUUUGGUAGAGUGGAUGGUUGCAUUAUACAGAACCCCUUUAGGUAAUUCCGAGUUUCAACCAUCUGCAGCUACAUAAAGGAACUGAGCUCUACCCAAGUUUCAUUUCUAGCCUAUAUCUAUUAUGUUAUGCCUAAAUUACAAUACAAGAAAUCAGAACUU